AUGCUCCUUGGGAAGCACGUGGGCGAAAGGAGGAGAUUCAUCGGCCCGUCGUCACUCGCAAGCCUUCGGCCUCGAAAUGAAGUUGGGAGCUCGAUUUCUGCUUGGCACAUCGUCUUGAAAGAUCCAGAGCCAGGGACAGCAGUUUGCGAUGCGCUGGCGCGCCACGACAGCUUGAGCAAGCGAUUCGCAGCAUUGUCCAAGAGAGCAACUUUGGUAGCGUUGGCUCCCGGCACGGGCAAAUCUACCCUGACUGUCCUGCUCAACGAGGCGCUGGCAAGAAAAGUAGACCCAAUGCAAUUUGUCGAGCUUCACAUCGGAAGAUUGCCGAAGUCUGUGCACUACACGGCCCUGGCUUUGAGAGAAGCUCUGGGGUUCAAAGCUCCUGUUUGUGAGUACUUCGCGGAUUCCGAUGUGGUGCUUGAGUCGCUUGACCCACGCUGGAGACCCCGUGCAGAAAAGCUGAUGGCGAUCGCUGAGACGUCAGGGCGGAUGCCUCCAGGAGCAUAUGAGGAGCUCAUCUUGGACUUCUGGGAGCAGGUUGAUCCUGCGGAGCUCCCGCAGGUCCUGCUCAUGAACAAUUACGGGUGUGAGGAGGCCCCGUGGUUCACACUCCGUGCCAAACUGCCGCUCAAAGAAAUGGAAAGUCGGUGGAGAGGCAGAAUCUCAUCGGAACUGAGUGAUGCUGAGGCGGAAAAGGCGACUCGCAGCUGCCGUUUUGGGUGGCACGACAUGAUCGGGGAAGUCCUCGAGUUCCCUGAGAUUGUACAGGCAUUAGUUUGCUUGGCAACGACCCCUACUGCCUUCCGUCUUGGCUUGCCACAGGAGCCGCAAGAGCCGCAGCCCGGGGGGCUCUCCGCCCAGGCCUUGUUCGCCACAAUGAGCAAUACCACCGUGAGCACCCUCCUUUCCGCACGUGUCGUGGAAACGGCGCAAGGAUGUGCCUUAGGUGCCUUGGCCUUUCUGCCAGCAUAA